AUGUCUAACUCUGAGCUCGCUACCUCCUACGCAGCCCUCAUCCUCGCUGAUGACGGCGUCGACAUCACUGCCGACAAGCUUCAAUCGCUCAUCAAGGCCGCAAAGAUCGAGGACGUCGAGCCCAUCUGGACCACCCUUUUCGCUAAGGCUCUUGAGGGCAAAGAUGUCAAGGACCUGCUCCUGAACGUCGGUUCAGGUGGCGGUGCUGCGCCCGCUGCUGGCGCCGCUGCCGGAGGUGCUGCUGCCGCUGGUGGUGACGCCGCACCUGCGGAAGAGGAGAAGGCCGAGGAAAAGGAGGAGUCAGACGACGACAUGGGCUUCGGUCUUUUCGACUAA